UUCUUUUUUUUCUUUUAAACAGCGCUCUCUAGAUCCAAUACAAUUCAAAAUUAUUUUGUUGUUGUUUUUUCGACUUCAUGUGAAAAUUAUGACGUUUUCAUAACCCAAUUCAAAUUCAGCACAACGGCUCUCUCUCCCUCUUCUCUCUCUCACACACCACUCUCUCCCUUCUGUAUCGAGAUCUUGUCUGAUUAAACCCUAGUGUUUGCUCUAUCUUCGUCUUACGCACUUUCUGGACUUUCUCUCUCUAGAUUGCUGCAAACAAUGAAGCACUUUAUGCAACCAAAAAAUGCAAUAUUGAGAGAGAACAAUCCAUCUCUGGAGAGCCCAUCGUCUUCAAACCCUAGUUCGCUGAAAAGGAAAUCAACUCGUAAACAGAAGUCGUCGACGAAAGAGAAUGCUCCGCCCCCAGAUCUGUAUGCGUUGCCGGAUUCGUCACCUUCGCCGUCCUUUUCCGGGAAACCCUCGCCGGCGGCGGCCGGAAAGAUGAGGAGUCCUCUUCCGCCGAGACCUCCGCCCUCCAACCCUCUGAAGCGGAAGCUCAAUAUGGAGACCGUCCCUGAGAAUGGGCUUCCUGGUUUCUCUGAUUCUGGAGUCAAUGUUGUAGUGCGAAUGCGGCCACUGAAUAAGGAUGAGGAAGAAGGAGAGAUGAUAGUUCAGAAAAAUUCUAGUGAUUCUUUGACGAUCCUUGGACAAACAUUUACAUUUGACUCUGUUGCGGACACUGAGUCAACACAGCUGGAUAUAUUCCAGCUUGUGGGAGCUCCUCUUGUUGAAAAUUGUCUUGCUGGCCUUAAUAGUUCUGUAUUCGCAUAUGGGCAGACUGGGAGUGGAAAGACUUAUACAAUGUGGGGACCGGCCAACGCCUUGUUGGAAGAAAACCUAUCUAGUGAUCAGCAAGGCUUAACGCCCCGUAUUUUUGAGAGACUUUUUGCUCGCAUAAAUGAGGAGCAAAUUAAGCAUGCUGACAAACUCAUGUAUCAGUGCCGCUGUUCUUUUCUUGAGAUUUACAAUGAACAAAUCACUGAUUUGUUGGAUCCCAGUCAAAAAAACCUUCAGAUAAGAGAGGACGUCAAAACUGGUGUCUAUGUUGAAAAUUUGACAGAGGAGUGUGUAUGUACAACAAAGGAUGUGACACAGCUUUUAAUAAAGGGAUUAUCAAACAGGAGGACUGGUGCAACAAGUAUAAAUGCUGAGAGUUCCCGUUCACACAGUGUGUUUACUUGUGUUGUUGAAUCACGAUGCAAGAGUAUGGCAGACGGUUUGAGCUCCUUCAAAACAAGUAGAAUAAAUCUUGUUGACCUUGCUGGGUCAGAAAGACAGAAACUAACUGGUGCAGCUGGAGAACGCUUGAAGGAAGCAGGGAAUAUCAAUCGGUCACUUUCACAGCUAGGGAACUUGAUAAACAUACUUGCUGAAGUUUCCCAAACAGGAAAGCAAAGGCACAUCCCCUACAGAGAUUCCAGGUUGACUUUUUUACUGCAGGAAUCUCUUGGUGGAAAUGCAAAACUAGCAAUGGUCUGUGCUAUUUCUCCAUCACAAAGCUGUAAGAGUGAGACUUUCAGCACACUACGAUUUGCUCAGCGUGCAAAGGCUAUUAAGAACAAGGCAGUUGUUAAUGAAGUAAUGCAAGAUGAUGUGAAUUUCUUACGUGAAGUGAUACGGCAGCUAAAGGAUGAACUACUUCGAAUGAAGGCAAAUGGCAACGAAACUGAUCCAAAUGGAGGUUAUUCAACAGGAUGGAAUGCCCGUAGAAGCUUGAAUCUAUUGAAAUUCAGCCUAAAUCGUCCAAUGACAUUACCUCGCAUAGAUGAUGACAGUGAUGAAGAAAUGGAAAUCGUUGAGGAAGCUGAUCAAGUUAGUCUCCAGUCAGCUGGCAGUGAGGAAAAUAACACCAUGGAUGUGAGCAAAGUAGCAUCUAAAGAAGGAACUGAUGGGGAGCCUCAGCCAAACAUAUCAGGAAGUGCAUGUGUUGAGGAACAAGUUUCAGAGGAUACAGAUGUUAAUAUGGAAGAAGAAAUAUCUGAAAAAGUUGACAAGCAUGAAAUCAUUAGUGUUGAUUUUGAAGAACCUGUUACAAAUACAGCAGAUUGUUCAAUGGCCAAUGUGCUGAACCAUCAUGAUUCCAUUGAGGGAAAUGAUGGGGAUAAUUCGAUUCAUUCAUUGGUUAAUACUCGUGAGAAAAAUUAUUCUGGUCAGUGCCCUGAAGAGUGUCUUACACCCUCUAUCAAUACCUUGUUGAAUGAUGAAUCUUUGAGCAUGCCAGUGGUGGAUGGUCAUGUUUCCCCAAGUUUGCAAUCAGCUAGUCAAGUUUCUGCAGACAUUGUGCCAGAAGAUACACCUAGUAAGACUCAAAUUAGCUUGGGAGAUGGUAUGGAUCCUUCUAACCUCAGCAUAGUUCCAUGUGACGUAUCCCCAGUUCUUAAGUCACCAACUCCAAGUGUUUCACCAAGAGUUAAUGACAGCAGGAAAAGUUUAAGGACUUCAUCAGUGCUGACUGCUUCCCAGAGGGAUUUUGGAGAUGUUAAUAAGCCAAGCUCAGAAGCUGUUUCCUUAUCUUUUGCAAAGCCCUCAAAAAGCAGCUAUUCGAAUGCUUUGUCUACUCAAACAAGUAAAAAUUAUUUCAAACCAACUGAACAUUUGGCUGCCAGUCUCCAUCGUGGUCUUGAGAUCAUUGACGGUCAUCGCCAGAGUUCUGUUUUGAGGCGGUCAUCAUUCAGAUUUUCUUGCAAACCUUCAGAUAUUAAGCCGAUUUUGCCUGUUGACAAAGUUGAUGUGGGUCUUCAAACUUCUUUUGAAGAGAAUGAGUUACUGGAAGAGGAUUUAAUGAUACGCUUAUGUAGUAAAUGCAAGGGUAGAAAUUCCCAGCACGAGCUCAAAGAUGGUAAUGACCGUGCGGAUCUGCAGUUAGUACCUGUUGAUGUGUCACAGUGUGCUGAAAAACCCAAGAAGCAAGUUCCCAAAGCAGUAGAAAAGGUGUUGGCCGGAGCAAUUAGAAGGGAGAUGGCAUUAGAAGAAGUUUGUAACAAGCAGGCCUCUGAAGUUGUGCAACUUAAUCGUUUGGUCCAACAGUACAAACACGAGAGGGAAUGCAACGCCAUAAUUGGACAGACACGAGAAGAUAAAAUUGUUCGCCUUGAGAGCUUGAUGGAUGGCAUUUUACCUACUGAGGAGUUCAUGGAGGAUGAAUUAGUAUCGCUUACAAAUGAGCAUAAGCUUCUGAAGGAAAAAUAUGAAAACCAUCCGGAAGUUUUGAGGACAAAAAUUGAGUUGAAAAGAGUUGAAGAUGAGCUAGAACGUUAUAGGAACUUCUUUGAUAUGGGUGAGAGGGAUGUUUUGUUGGAAGAGAUUCAUGAUUUAAGAAGCCAGCUGCAGUAUUAUAUAGACUCUUCACCUGCAGACAGAAGACGAGGUCCUCUGCUGCAGUUAACUUAUUCAUGUGAGCGAAGUGUGGCUUCACCUUUGUGCACAAUUCUGGAGUCGGCUGAGGGGAGUGCUGAGCAGAAACUUGAACAGGAGAGAAUUAGAUGGACUGAAGCAGAGAGUAAAUGGAUUUCUCUUGCAGAAGAACUGAGAGCUGAACUUGAAGCUAGCCGGUCUGUAGCAGAAAAGCGGAAGCAGGAAUUGGAUUUGGAGAAGAAAUGUUCAGAAGAGUUAAAGGAAGCAAUGCAGAUGGCAAUGGAGGGCCAUGCACGCAUGCUUGAACAGUAUGCUGAUCUUGAGGAGAAACACAUUCAUUUGCUUAUGAGACAUAGGAAGAUUCAAGAUGGGAUAGAUGAUGUGAAGAAAGCAGCUGCCAGGGCAGGAGUUAGAGGUGCUGAAUCUAAGUUCAUAAAUGCCCUUGCUGCAGAAAUUUCAGCUCUAAAAGUAGAAAGGGAAAAAGAGAGGCGGUAUCUUAGGGAUGAGAAUAAAGGUCUUCAGGCCCAACUGAGGGAUACUGCUGAAGCUGUCCAGGCUGCUGGCGAAUUACUUGUGAGGCUCAAAGAAGCAGAAGAAACUAUUGCUGCUGCCCAGAAGCAAGCUAUGGAUGCUGAACAAGAAACUGAGAAGGCUUACAAACAGAUUGAUAAGUUGAAGAAAAAACAUGAGAAGGAGUUAAGUACUUUGAAUCAGUUACUUGAGGAGUCUCGUUUGCCAAAAGAAGCAUUUAGACCACCUCCUUAUGAUAACUCGGACAUGACUAAAUAUGAUGCAGUGGAGCCCCCCCACAGUACGGGUGAUCAGCAAUGGAGAGAGGAGUUUGAGCCAUUCUAUAAUGUUGAAGACGGUGAAAUAUCAAAACUCGCAGAACCCUCUUCGUGGUUCUCUGGGUACGAUCGAUGCAACAUAUAGACACAAAAUUUAUAGCAAACUACUAGUGUAUGUAAUACUAACAGUUCCUGUUAUGGCAAAUAGGUCUAUAUGCUACUUUGGUAGUGAUACCAAGAGUUCUCACCAAUUGUGAGGACCAAUGUAUUGGUUCUCUUAUUGUGCUUUGUAUUCAAUUUGGAUUCUUGCAUCAUAAGGGUUGAAUGAAUGAAUAUUUCUAUUCUUUUUCCAAA